AUGAUCAAUCCUCACUUCCUCAUUAUCAGCCUGGGAAACCCCCUUCCCGCCUACAGCACGCUUCACUCUGCCGGCCACUUUGCCAACCGUGGCCUGGCCCAAAUCUUUCGCCAGCCGGAAUGGCGCGAGAGAAGGCUGGGCAGGUCCAAAACCUGCCUUGUAUCUCAGGGACCCAAGUACACCCUUGUACAGUCGCCGACUCUCAUGAACAGGUCGGGUGACUUUGCUCUCGGCGCGUGGAAAGACAUGUGCGACAAGCAUGACCCUGCAUCAUUGAGCCUCGUCAUUCUCCACGACGAGCUGGAAAAGAAGCUGGGCGACGUCGCCCUAAUUCACUGGACACGCAGCGCACGCGGACACAAUGGCGUCAAAGACGUCCUCAAGCGCAUCAGGAUGGAGUAUUGGCCGACAUCUACUUUUGCCCGCAUAUCCAUAGGGAUCGGGCGACCACCAGAAAGAGAUCAGGACACGGUCGUCAGGUACGUCAUGAAGCCCGUGUCACCGGAGACACGGGGCCUCCUCGAGGACGUCGCCCCAUUCGAGGUGGCAAGAGCGCUGGCCAAGCAUGAAGAGAAUUGGAGACUGGGGAAGCAGGAGGACCAGAGCAAGCGCCUGGACUGA